AUGCUCGAAGUUUCGCUGGCAGCAUUCUCGGUGCUUGGCCCUGUCCAAACAACCGGCCUGGUAAUCAGUCUCGUGCUCACGGGAUAUAUAUCGUUAACUAUAUAUUUCCAUCCCCUUUCACAAUAUCCGGGUCCAAAAAUAGCUGCUUUAACGAGCCUCUGGAGGGCGUAUUACGUCUACAAGCUAGUUCUCCACGAGAAACUAGUUGAGCUACACCAGCAGUAUGGCCCCGUCGUCCGAAUCGGUCCUAACCAUCUACAUUUCUGGGAUGGUGAAGCUAUUACCCCAAUCUACAAGGGAGGGAGGAAUAUGGGAAAGACAGAGUUUUAUGAUGCUUUUACUGCUUUUAACCCUAAUCUCUUUGGGGGCAGAGAUGAAGAAAUCCAUUCCCUUCGUCGACGACAACUAGCCCACGGAUUUUCACAGGCAUCGGUCGAAAACUUUGAACCUCUGAUCAAUGUCCACAUCAAAAUUUUGCUCAGCAAGCUCAAAAAGUUCGCAAAGACUGGGGAGGUCUUCGACCUGAAGUCUACCAUCUCGUACUUCGUUUUUGAUAUCCUAGGCGAGGUCGCCUUCAGUCGACCUUUCAAUGCCCAAGCCAGAGGAGAAGCAGAUGAAAUACACGCAAUAAAUGACCACCUCCUCCUAUCUUGCGUAAUUGGUGAACUUCCCUUCCAGACACUGUCAAAGUUCCUAGCACGAUGGUCGCCCGCUCCAUGGAUGCGAAAACUAGGGCAGAGUAGAAAUAACCUCAAAGCAACUUGCUCCGAGUGUGUCAGCAACAAGAUCAGCAAUGCAUCCGACCGUCGAGAUCUACUUCAAAGCCUUGUGACCGCUAAAGACGUUGAAACCGGCACAAGCCUCAACGAGCAAGAAAUCAAUUCAGAGGCAUUCGCUAUGCUGGUAGCGGGCUCUCAUUCGACCUCUGGUACAUUGACACUCCUCUUUUGGCACCUAAUCCAUAACCCGGAAAUGUAUGCUACCGUCGCCACCGAGGUAGCUAGUACCCUUCAGCCACUACAGGAUGGCGACAUUUCCUAUCCCAUCAAGGGACUAGAGGCUUCUUUGCCAUACACCAUGGCAUGCGUGAGGGAGAAUUUUCGCCUGAAUCCGGUAUUUACCAUGCCUCUGUGGCGAUGUGUUGGGUCACCAGGCGGAGCGAAAAUUGGAGAGUUUGAUGUAGCGUGCGGUACCAAUGUCUGUAUCUCAAAUUAUGUCCUCCACCACAAUCCAGAGAUCUGGGGUGAAGACCACGCGGUAUUCCAACCGGAUAGAUGGCUGGGAAAGGAUGAGCCGGACCGGAGUCGGUUCCUCAUCCCAUUCAGUAUUGGACACCGCAUGUGCAUCGGUCGAAAUCUCGCCAUGACCAAUAUAUUGAAGACCAUCACUACAUUGACCAGUCAGUUCGACUUUCACCCAAUAUCUCAGGAUGACCACGUCCGGGAUUGGACAACGUAG